AUGGGUGCCGAAAAUUCACGACGGCAUCAUCAUCAACAAGAGACAGUAUCAGACAAUUUUUUAUCAUCAGUACAAAAUACUAAUUUAACACAACAUAAAAAACAUCGACGAAUGGAUCGAUUGAGACGAACAUUAAGUUUUCGUAAUAGAAAAAAAGAGAAUAUAUCCAAUAAUAAUAAUUUAAAUAUAUCAACAAAUAAAAACGGUACAAAUCAUAAUAUAACAAGUGAAAAUAAACCAUUACAAUGGCAAGUUGAUGAAAAAUCUGUACGCAUGGGUACUUGCAGUUUUCAUGUUAAGUAUCUUGGAAGCGUUGAAGUACAAGAAUCUCGUGGUAUGUAUGUAUGUGAACAAGCUAUUCAAGCUUUAUUAAAUCAAAAAGUUAAACACAUAAAAGCUGUAUUGCAUGUAUCAGGUGAUGCACUUCGUGUUGGUCUUAUUGUUGAUCAAACAAUUGAAAAAGUAUCAUUUUGUGCACCAGAUCGUCAUCAUGGAAAAGGUUUUGCUUAUAUAUGUCGAGAUGGUACUACACGUCGAUGGCUUUGUCAUUGUUUUCUUGCUACUAAAGAAACAGGUGAACGUUUAAGUCAUGCUGUUGGUUGUGCUUUUCAAAUAUGUCUUGAACGUAAACAAAAACGUGAUAGUGAAUGUGGUGUUACUGUUGAAUAUACACAAAAUGGUGCAUCAUUUACACGAUUUGGUUCAUUUCGUACAACAUCAAUUGCUGAACGUAUUAUUGAUCCACAAAGUGCUAUUGUUGUUGAACCAAUCAUAUCUACAUUAACAGUAACAUCAUCGAAUUCAUCUAAUCAGAAACAUAAUGCUAUUGAACGACCUCGACCAAAAGGAAAUAGUUCCGAUGCACUUAUUCGUAGUGCUUCAUUGCGCUUAGAUAACCUUAAUCAAACAACAAUCAAUUCAUUCAAACGACAAAAUUCAUUGAGACCUAAUGAUUUACCGUCCAUACAAGAAGCAAAAUCUAAAGAUAAAUUAACAAAUACAAUUCCAGAAGAAAUUGAAUCUACAUCAAUGAUUAAUGAUUUUUCCAAGUUAUCAUUAUUUGAUUCAACAAAUACUUAUAAUUAUAAUCAUUUUUCUCUUCCAACAACAAAAUCUUCAAACAUUCCAUUAUCGUCAAAUACUUGGCUAACAAAUCCACAAACUAUCAUUCCUGAACAAACUCAAUAUAUAAAUACAACAACAUCAAUAAAUGAUAUAUUCGAUUCAAAUUUAACUGCUCUUGUUCAAAGUAAUCACCCAAUUAAUCCAUUUUCUCCAUAUGGUUAUUCCAUGGCAGCUCAAGCUCAAUCAUCGAAUAUAAAUCAUCAACAAUUACCUAUAUUCACAUCAAAACGUGGCUCAAAUCCAUUUGAUGACGAUCUUAUACGACGAUAA